AUGCAGGUCUCUGCAACGCCGCACAAAGGCAGCGCAAUGCUAGCACAGUCUUCCUCUGCCCAGCCACACUGUGCCAUCACUUUACAGCGAGUACAAGGUACCAAGUACAAAGUACAAGUACAGCGAGUGCAAGGGGCCCGGGCCGCGCGAUCCGCAGCCUGGGCCGCCCAGCCCCAGCCGCCUCCCGGGGCGCUGGGUGUGGCCCCCCGCUCGGCGCCGACGCGGGCUGGCCGCGCGGACCGGACGCGGAGGUCGCCGUCCUUCCUUUCUCGGGCCGGCGCGGGCGAGCUAGCCGGCGGGCGGGAGGAGGCGCCGGGUGCGGCGCACAUUCGCGCGCCCGGAGCGAGCGUGUGGCCGCCGCGCUCCGACGUGGACCCGCCCGCCCCGGAUCUGAAUCGGCCGCGGUCCCUCGCCUUCCCUCCCCCGCGCGAGCGUCCCCUUCCACCCGCCUGGCGGACGGAGACCCACCCCUUCCCGCCGCCCUCCCGCUCCGAGCCGCCUCCGCCAGCAGCGUCUCGCCCUCAAUCGCCGCCCGGCCCGGGGGCCGCGGGUCCGGGGAAACCCGCUCCCCUUGGGCGCCAGGCGGGAGCAGGAUGCGGCGACCCCCGGUGCCGGCAAAGUCGCUGCAGUUGCCCGCGGCGUGACAGGAGUAGAUGCCGAGCGACCCGGCCGCGGGACGAAGCGGUCGCGCUGCCGCGUCUGGGCGGGCGGACCCGGAGUCGGCCGACAGCGGCCCGAGCCCAAGACAGCGGUGGCUCCGGAGAUGCGAGAGGGUCUUCCCGCUCUCUCCACACGCUCGACUUUUCCGAGUCUUGGAAGAUCGGCCCCGCUCUCUCCCACUCUGUUCGGCAGUUAAUACUUACUGCAGACGUAGGAGGUGAAGGGCUGAGACUUUACCUGGACGGGGAUGCGACUGAAACCUCCCAUCUUAUCAACUGGAGGUUUCCACCUCUUGGGGGUUUGGUGUGUGUGUUUGUGAACUUCCUGAGCCUUCAAUUCCCAGCAGUCCGGGUUUUAGCAGAUGCCAAGGUUUUGGAGACCUGACAUGUAAUUCGUGGUGAUACGGGAAAUAUUUACCUAUCAGUUCGGCACAGACACCGACCAAUCAGAGAGGCCACCAGCUAUAUACCACGCUGUGGCUCUUCCCAGUGAUGAACGUCCCCUGAGGUGAUGUUGAGGCCAAGUCCAAAGGGAUGUGAAAGAUUUGGUAAUAUACCAAGACCACACGUCUGGAGCUCCAGAAAACUAGUGACUUUUUUCUAUGUUCAGUGUUUAUCUGAUUUUAUACAUGAUGUGUAGUACUAUUAAAGAAAAAAAGCCUUCACCUGUAAUUAUAUUUCACAUAUAUUUCUAAAUAAAGAAA